CUUGUUAAGGGAGAACGAUUCGACACGGUUCGGCCGAAGGACUCAGAGAUCCUCAGAGGAGAUGGUUCAUUCACUGAUAAGACUGUCAGCCAACAUGAUUACGGAGUUAUCAAAGGAGAGCGCUUCGACACGGUCCGCCCGAAGGACUCCGAGGUCUUCAGAGGAGAUGGUUCAUUCACGGAUAAGACCAUGAACCAGCAAGAUUUUACGAUUGUUAAGGGAGAACGAUUCGACACGGUUCGGCCGAAGGACUCAGAGAUCCUCAGAGGAGAUGGUUCAUUCACUGAUGAGACUGUAAACCAACAUGAUUACGGAGUUAUCAAAGGAGAGCGUUUCGAAACGGUUCGGCCGAAGGACUCAGAGAUACUUAAAGGAGACGGCUCGUUUACUGAUAAGACUGUCAAUCAGCAGGAUUACACGACUAUCAAGGGUGAGCGCUACGACAUAAAGCGACCAAAAGAUUCCGAGAUUCUCCAAGGAGAUGGAUCAUUUACGGGCAAGACUAUGAAUCAACAGGAGUUUGCUGUUGUCAAAGGGGAACGAUACGACAUAAAGCGACCAAAAGAUUCCGAGAUUCUCCAAGGAGAUGGAUCAUUCACGGGCAAGACUAUGAAUCAACAGGAAUUCGUUGUCAUCAAGGGUGAGCGCUACGACAUAAAGCGACCAAAAGAUUCCGAGAUUCUCCAAGGAGAUGGAUCAUUUACGGGCAAGACUAUGAAUCAACAGGAAUUCGUCGUCAUCAAGGGUGAGCGCUACGACAUAAAGCGACCAAAAGAUUCCGAGAUUCUCCAAGGAGAUGGAUCAUUUACGGGCAAGACUAUGAAUCAACAGGAAUUCGUCGUCAUCAAGGGUGAGCGCUACGACAUAAAGCGACCAAAAGAUUCCGAGAUUCUCCAAGGAGAUGGAUCAUUCACGGGCAAGACUAUGAAUCAACAGGAAUUCGUCGUCAUCAAGGGUGAGCGCUACGACAUAAAGCGACCAAAAGAUUCCGAGAUUCUCCAAGGAGAUGGAUCAUUUACGGGCAAGACUAUGAAUCAACAGGAAUUCGUCGUCAUCAAGGGUGAGCGCUACGACAUAAAGCGACCAAAAGAUUCCGAGAUUCUCCAAGGAGAUGGAUCAUUUACGGGCAAGACUAUGAAUCAACAGGAAUUCGUCGUCAUCAAGGGUGAGCGCUACGACAUAAAGCGACCAAAAGAUUCCGAGAUUCUCCAAGGAGAUGGAUCAUUUACGGGCAAGACUAUGAAUCAACAGGAAUUCGUCGUCAUCAAGGGUGAGCGCUACGACAUAAAGCGACCAAAAGAUUCCGAGAUUCUCCAAGGAGAUGGAUCAUUUACGGGCAAGACUAUGAAUCAACAGGAGUUUGCUGUUGUCAAAGGGGAACGAUACGACGUGAAGCGACCAAAGGAUUCCGAGAUUCUCCAAGGAGAUGGAUCAUUCGCGGGCAAGACUAUGAAUCAACAGGAAUUCGUCGUCAUCAAGGGUGAGCGCUACGACAUAAAGCGACCAAAAGACUCCGAGAUUCUCCAAGGAGAUGGAUCAUUUACGGGCAAGACUAUGAAUCAGCAGGAGUUUGCUGUUGUCAAAGGGGAACGAUACGACGUGAAGCGACCAAAGGAUUCCGAGAUUCUCCAAGGAGAUGGAUCAUUCGCGGGCAAGACUAUGAAUCAACAGGAAUUCGUCGUCAUCAAGGGUGAGCGCUACGACAUAAAGCGACCAAAAGACUCCGAGAUUCUCCAAGGAGAUGGAUCAUUUACGGGCAAGACUAUGAAUCAGCAGGAGUUUGCUGUUGUCAAAGGGGAACGAUACGACGUGAAGCGACCAAAGGAUUCCGAGAUUCUCCAAGGAGAUGGAUCAUUCGCGGGCAAGACUAUGAAUCAGCAGGAGUUCGUCGUUGGCAAGGGUGAGCGAUACGACAUGAAACGACCAAAGGAUUCUGGUAUCUUAAAAGGAGGCGGCGUGUUCAUGGAAAAGACUAUUUACCAACAGGAUUACUCACAAGGGCGACUUAGUGAAGGGUCGCACAGGAAAUCCACUGUCUUGAAAGGAAGCUCUUCAUAUAGCAGCUUACUGGAAAAACAACUGGUCAGAAAUGCGAGACACCUAUCUUCUAUUCACGCAUCAAUGUGGCCUACAAGUGUUGUACUUGACGGAUCGCUUGAUUGUACGCACUCGGAGGACAGUGCGUCCUAUUCUCGUCACCUUGCGAAGAGGAAGAGCUUGGACUCUUUAGUUGAUGAAAAUGGUCAGAAGAAGUGGUCAACGCGGAUGUUGCGAUCAUCUGCAGAAGCCUUGCGCUUAUUGGAUUCAAAACAGACAACAGGAAAUGCUGUCCCUUCAACUGUUCACUCCGAAGGAAAACGGGGUAGGCGAAAUGAAAGAAACGCUGCAGCUCUUCUGUCCAGUUAUGACAUGGACUUCUCCUAUCGUCCUGUGCAAUGUCCUGCAGGAGAGCUGAUGAAAUCGAUACGUGUAAAUCACUCAGAUACAUCACAUUUUCAUUUCGAAAAAUGUGAAAAAGGUCAUCACUUCUAUCGUUCUCAUUCCAAUGAACAUUAA